AUGUUGGAAUCUAUAGGGCAGUAUGGUUCUGAUUAUAUCUCACCUAGUUAUUGGAGACUUAGAGUACCAUUGCUUGAGAAGGCCAAGGUCAAGACUGACAGUUUGAGAGGCAAGCAUGAAGCUGCAUGGAAAGAAUAUGGUUGCUCACUCAUGUCUGAUGGCUGGACUGACAUGGGUGGCCGACACCUCUUGAACUUUCUAUUCAAUAGUCCAGCAUGCACCUUUUUCUUAGGGACAGCUAAUGUUUCUGCUGAAAUAGUUGAUGCAAAGUUGGUAGCACAGUUGUUGAGUGAACAAAUUGAUGCAAUUGGCCCUGAAUUGGUAGUCCAAGUAGUAAGUGACAAUGGAUCUAACUACAAGGCAGCUGGUAGACUUCUAAUGGAGAAGUAUCCUACAUUGUAUUGGACACCAUGUGCUGCACACUGUUUGGAUCUUAUGCUAGAGGAUGUUGGGAAGAUCAAAGAGUUUGGGAUCUGCAUUGCUAAAUCCAAGCGGACAACCAUAUUUAUUUAUGCCCAUGGAAAGAUUCUGGAUUUAAUGAGAAGUCUGAAUGGUAACAAAGAUAUUGUGAGGCCUGGAGCAACUCGUUUUGCUACAUCAUUCCUUACUUUGGCAAGCAUGUGGACACAAAGGCCAACACUGAAAGCUCUGUUUGUUAGCAAACAAUGGUAUGCAAACAAAUUAAGGAUCACCGAAGCAGGGAAGGCAGCUGAAGCAACUGUCAUAUCUGUGUCAUUUUGGCAAUUAGUGGAGCAUUGUAUGAGAGCUUCACAGCCACUUCUCAAAGCUUUGAGGAUUUCUGAUGGUGAUGAGACUCCAGCUAUGGCCGAAAUGUGGGCAGCCAUGGAUUGUGCAAAGACGCACAUAAACGAAGCAUGA